UAAUGUAUAUAUGCAUUCUUUUAAUAGUAUAGAUAUUUGAUGAACAAUCUUCGUUUGCUCUGACCAUAUAUAAUUCUUUAGGUAUUUAUGUUAAAAAAACAAAGGUCCAUUUCCAUUUCCAAUAAUUAAAGAUCAGACUCUUACUUAUGCUGGUCCAGUUCAAAUUGAUGCAGGGUAUUUCUAAAAUAGAUGUUAGAUCAAUUUAUUAGGGAUAAUGGUUAGAUGGAAAAAGACAUGGAUUUGGAAAAUACUUACACCCUUUAGGAUCAAUAUAUGAAGGGGAAUGGUAUAACGAUUAAUAGUAAGGAUAUGGGAGAAUUGUGCUUCCUAACGGGGAUUAGUAAAAUAAUCAGUGUAUAAAAUAAGUUAUGAAGGCUAAUGGAAGAACGAUAAGGCAUGGGGAACCGGGAAAUAUGUUACGAUAGAUGGAACUACGUAUAAUGGGGAAUGGGUGGAUGAUAAAUAGCAUGGAGUAAAUAAUGAUAUUUAUAAUGAGAAAGGAGUAGAAGAAUGGAAAAAUGGCUAAAGGUAUGAGGGAGACUAUUUAAAUGGCUAAAAAACUGGAUGUGGUCUAUUUUUAUGGCCUGACGGUUCAAAAUAUGAAGGGGGCUUGCUUGACGGAAUGCCUCAUGGAGAUGGUGAAUAUACUUGGAAAGAUGGUAAAAAGGUAUAAUGAGUAUUGAAAUUAGUAUAAAGGAGAGUGGAUGUUUAAUCAAAUGCAUGGAUAUGGAAUUUAUAUUUGGCCUGAUGGAACAAUAUACAAAGGAAAUGUAAUUUAACUUCGCUACUAUUUUUAGUUUGAAAAAGAUUAAAGAGAAGGAUAUGGAGAAUUGGAUUGGUCGGAUGGCAGAGUUUAUAAAGGGAACUGGAAAAAUGGUAAAUAGCAUGGAGAAGGAGAAUUUAUUUAUAAAAACAAAAUCCGAAAAGGAGUUUGGUAAAAUGGACAGCCGGUUAGAUGGGGUCAAAGUGAAUUAUUAUUCAUAUAAUGA